AUGAAGCUUACCAUCACCUUCCUAGUGUUCUGUGUGGCUCUGCUCAGUGACUCUGGUAUUGCUUUCUUCGUGAACUCAGUGGCCAAAUCUGUGCCAGAACCCGUGGCUGCCGUUGCCCCUGCUGCGGAGGCUGUGGCUGGGGCUGUGCCUAGCCUACCAUUAAGCUACUUGAGCAUCCUGAGGUUCAUCCUGGCUGGCCUGGGCAUUCCGUUGGAUCCCCUCAUAGAGGGUUCCAGGAAGUGUGUCACCGAGCUGGGCCCUGAGACUGUAGGGGCUGUGAAGACACUGUUGGGGGCCCUGACAGCGUUCGGUUGA